AUGUUGAUCAUUUUCACACUGCCACAAUUAGAGACAAACACUGGUGGACCGGGUAAGGAAACCCUUGACCAAAUCACUGUCCGUAUUGAGCAUGAAGCCGAAAGUGCUGAAUUUCAAGUCAAUGUUGUUAAAAGUGUUGAAUUUCCAAAAAAUGAUGAAAAAGUAAAAGUUGAAGACUGGCUUCAGUUACGUUCCUUAUUUACUUUUGCCGCUGAAGGAGAUCCACUAGCACUGCUUGCUCCAAUGGCAGCUCUCCUGUCCGCUACCGACAACGAUGGUUGCAAGUAG